AUGCGAAUUCGGCCUGAUAUUACGAAGCAUACUGUUGCAGCAAGCAAGGAAGUUGCCUUAUCCUUGAGCGGAUGCGGAUUCCUUGGAACUUACCAUAUUGGAGCUGCCGUUUGUCUGUUCCGGCAUGGAAAGAUGCUAAUGUCGAAGGUCAAACGAAUUGGCGGUGCGUCGGCUGGCUCCUUAGUAGCUGCUCUCCUUGUCCUUCACCCUGAGCGCCUGCAUAAAGGCCUAGCAACCUUCUACCAAAUGGCCAUUGAACUUCAUAGCUUACCUAUGGGCGCAUUAACUCCGAAAUAUGUACUACAAGACAGAUUGCUCCAAAUUGUCGAUGAUCAUAUUCCAAAUGACAUCUCACCAGCACAAAAUCGUCUGAUGGUGUCGCUUACUAGCUAUGAGGGAAAACAAAACAAGCUCAUCUCAAAAUUUCACGACAGAACGCAUUUGAUCGAGACAUUGUUGGCAUCUUGCUAUAUUCCGGGAUAUAGUAAUGCUGAUAUUGCGCCAAUUGACCCGGCGCCUUGGAUUUAUCCCAUGACCUUUGAUUUUGGAAAACACCUGAUUUUGGCGAAUGCUCGCAACUUGGUACGCGGCAAGCACGCAUUAUUUCCGCCGCCCCUGGAUCAAUUACGCUCGUAUUAUAAGCAGGGCUUCACAGAUGCGCAUACCUUCUUGAAGGUAAAUAAAUUGACCGACGUGCAGUUGACUGAUGAAUUGCUGGAAGACGGGUAUAUGCCAGAGGAAUUGAAGCAUCUUGAC